CCUAUGUUAUGAACUAUGUGCUGUAGUCCAAGAUUCUGCGGAAGAGGGGCGUUAAAGAGGAGCCUUGAACCUGGAUGGAGUCUUGAAGUUGCAUGUCAUCAAUGUGCAGAUGACCUCAACUGGAGAGGCAGAGGAAAGAUGAAAGAAAGAAAGAGGGGAUAUUCCUUAUCUUUAACCUUUAUCUUCCUGUUCAUCUGUAUCAUCGGGCAUGCAGAUGCUGACUCAGAUGAUAGCACAGAGGAGGACGUUCCAGGUGCUGCUUUACCACCACUGAAACUGGGGCAUUCAAUUUGUGCCAUGAAAGCAGAUGAAGGUCCAUGCAAAGCAAUCCACAUGCGCUAUUAUUUCAACUUGCAAAGCCGUGAGUGUGAAAUAUUUGAAUAUGGUGGAUGCCACGGCAAUGAGAACAACUUUCUAACACUGGAAGAAUGUCAGAAGACGUGUGUGGUAACAGAAUUCCCUGUGAAGAUGACGUUAGCAAAAAUUAAGAAAGAAAAGCCCAACUUCUGUUUUCAUGAGAAGGACCCUGGAAUCUGCCGAGGCUAUUUUUCCAGGUAUUUCUAUAACAAAGAGACAAAGAUAUGUGAAAUAUUCAAGUAUGGUGGGUGCCUAGGAAACCAGAACAACUUUAAGAAUUUGGAAGAAUGCCAGGCUACCUGCCAAAGCAGCUCAAAUUUUUUGCCAAUUGCCCCAACUGAACAUCAUCCAAACACUGUGAACAGUAGUUCUCCAGAAGAAGAACCCAACCAGUUUCCUGAUUUUUUUGUAAAUUUAUUACCAGCUGCUCCAAGUGAAGAGCAGUCCAACAUUAUCAACGGUAGUUUCCCAGAGGAAGAACGUCACCAGAUCCCCAGGUUUUUUGUUGUGCAAGAGGAAACAAGAAACAGUUGGAAAGAGACUGAGCAUUCCUACCAAGUAUUUCUGUUGGUUUUUUGCAUUUACACUUACUUGUACUUUUGGGGAUUGAGUGAUGGCUUGCAGAUUCAUUAAGGCUUUUAUCUUUUAUAUGAUCUAUAACACAAGGAGAUGCAGGACAACAUUUCUGUGCUCUUUGCUUAGAAAGAUAUGUCUAAUGAAACUUGAAUGUGUGUUGUAUUCUGGUUUUUGCAUGCAUUGUGGUCACAGGCACUUUUGGGUUGAGGUAAGUUUCUGUGACAGUUGGGUAUUUGUUUGCAACAUACAAAGCACCAAUGCACUCUGUUAUUAAAAUACCUUAAUGUAGAGCAGUGAAGCUUUUGGAAGCUUAUUUUACUCAAAAUAUUUGCGUGAUUUAAGGCCUGGUGAUAAGUGUAAGGACAUAAUAGCAUACACAUUCCUUGAGGGUAUUUCCUCAUAAUAUCAACCCCCAAAUCCCCAACAUAACUAACCUAUACAAGAAAAAGGGCAUGUUUCACUAUGUUUUCUCAGAGGAAACUGAAAAUGAAGGGUUCUUGGUGGUAUCAGCAUUACUGAAUUUUCUGGCAGAGCAGAUUUUGGGAAGGAGAGAUGAAGGUAAGAGAAGGACAGGCGGCUAGGAGGUUGGCAGGAGAAAGGCUGGGGGACUAAUGGUGCAUGGAGUCAGUAUAGUUGAAUGGCUCAGGAAAGAAACGUGGCCUUGGAAGGACCAAUGAGUUUCAAGGGAAAAUCUGAAGAUUCCUCACUUUUCUGCCCACAGAAGUGUGGGACUAUAUAACCUUUGUCCGUCCUGCAGCCACCUGCCCCCAUGCAGCCGCUUACUGCCAUUUUGUUAAUCAGCCUGAACCUUUCAGACUGCUGGGAUGGGCUAAGAUCCUGGGAUUUCUGCCAUCCCAUUUCAGGGAGAGGAGAGGAUAGGGCCAGCACAGAUAAUGGAUAUUCUCCAGAGAGCUGUGGAGAACAGAGCUUCCAAUCCUGCUAUUACUACAGGGUAGAGGUGUAAACUGAUGUUGCAAGGUAGAGCCAUCUCACACAAAUGUGCACUGUGACUCCCCACAACACUCAACGAGGCCUGUGCAUACAUGAGGUCAGGAUGGACUGUCUGAGAUGGAAUGGCUGAUUCCCAUCUUCUCGAGCACAGGCAAAGUAGCCGGUCUGCUGCCAUAAGAUCUUUUUACAUGUACAUCAGCCUGUGUGUUCUCUUUUUUUAAAUAAAUCAAAAAUUGGAAGGAGUUGUCCCUUACAGGAUACCUUACCUUGCAAUUGAAAUGUUAUUUCAUCUUGAUUUCUAGAAAAAAUGCAGAUUAUUGGUGGUAAGUAUAACUCUGUAAGGAUAUCAGAUUAAUAGAUUUCCAACAAAGUUCUUGAUCUUCAGAAAAUUAAAUUCCUCCAUGGCCAAAUGAAACUAAUUUCUUCUUUCUACAUAUAACAUGGAACUUCUAGUUCUGUUACUUAGCAGUGAACAUCCUGCAGAAAAUGAAGACUGUUCUGGCGUGAUUCUCCUGGAAGAUCUAAGCUUUUAUUCUGGGGAAGUUAGAGAAAGUGAACCCAAAUAUCAAACCUUCCGUUUUGAGAUUAAACGAAGGAAAUUACCUGUGUGGGAAAUUACCAGUGCUAUACUCCACAUUUGACUUGUGAAAUAUAAACAGGAUACGGGAUCAAAAGUCAAUUUUCAACUCCGUGAGUAUGGAAUGGCACACAGACUCCAUUCCUGUUAAUAGUCCUCAAAGUCGGGGCCAGACCUUUUGCUGAUAUAAAUUAACACAACUGUAUUUGAGAUAAUGGAUCUUUACCACUUUGUAGCUGUAGAGAACUGUCAAGUGCAGAUGACUAUUUUUGUAACAGCUUUGUCUACUUGAAGAUUCUUUUAUUUUAUUCUUUGCUGCAACCAGAAAUGAGAAACUGAAGCCUGCAUACAUCAAAAAUCUUGCAGUAAAUCUGAAAGCUUUAUGAAUGUCACACUCUUGUGACUAGGAGAAGAGAAUUCAGUAAGCAUUGUAUGUUAUCUAGCUCAUGAAGAUCAUUUUGAACUUCUUUUGUACUACGAUCAAUUAACAGUUCAUUAUCACAUGUCUCAAACCCAGGUAAGUCUGAGGGAGAAUGUUUAUUGUUGCAGUGCAGGGUUGGGAUUGUUUUCGAUAAGUAGAAGUCUAUAAAAUAAAUCUGAAUGUGCAUGUAUCAGAGAUUCUGAAGUAUGAUCAUGUCAUCUGUGCACACCACAGAGGGCAUUCAAGCAGAGGCUGUAUUAGAAGAAUUAAUAUUAAACCAUAGACGUUUAAAGGUUGCCUAGGUAGCAAUGAAGGGUAACAUUGACAACAGCCUUUUUGUAUCUGCCACUUAUUUCAUAUGAUUGGUUUAUCUAAUUUUUCAGAAACAAAGUAUCAAAUAUUGCAGUUUUGGAUCGUAUUCUCUCACUAAACCAAAAUCAGUCCAAACAUCUGCACUGUCAAGAAAAAGAAGGAACAGAAAGAUCUACACUGUCUUUUGCUGUUGUAAAACUUGAAGGCCAUCUGGAAAGCUCCUGCAGAGCUAGUGGUGGGAAUUCCAGUUCCCAAGCCCCACUUGAGAUGUGUUCCAAGGCCUAAUCUCCUUCAAAAGUUUUGAUAAAAUUGGCAUGUUUCUGAGUAAUCCUUUGUAUUUCAUUGUAUCAACAUUUUCUGAAAGAAAACUUUUCACUUGGAAAAUCUUUAACCAGUUCAGCUUGGAAGCUUUCAUUUGUCCCUUGCUUAUAGGAAUAGAAGAAAAUAUAUUCCCCCCCCCCCCCCGCCUGUUUAUGAGCUGAGUUAUGUCACAUAUUUUUUUGGCUAAUAUUCAUGGAAAAAAAUUUAUGAGCUUGCUAUUGAAUAUUUAAGAUCUGUUUAAAAUCAGAUACUUGAAUAAACAGAAUAGCGUGAAGACAAGGGGUGAAGACAGCAUAUUUAAGCCUGUUGCUGUCAGUGUAAAUACAUGCUUGAUUUCUGUAGAAAUUGCAUCAAAGUGGAGGGUGAGGGGAUGGGCGAAUGUAUUAAAUAAGUUGGAAAGCAUUUCUUUACAUUUAUUAAUUUGGGGGUUCAUUUGAUCCAAUUGAUGUCAGCAUGUAAUGAUUUAUGUAAUGUAAUGAGUUAUGUAACAAGAUAAUGUGAAAAUAGUAUAGCUGAAAUGUAAUCUAAGUUGAGAAAAAAGUGAAAUGAAAUAAAAUUUCUGUCCGAAAUA